GCGCACACACUGGGGCUCCAAGGCUAGCGUUCCUGUUGGAAUGUUGGCCUCUGUUUUUUUGUUCCGGGCUCCUUCUCGGUGGUUACUGCUCCGAACUGGUUUUAGGGCUUUUCUUUUAGGAGAGUAGUGAAAAAGCGGGAUUGGGCCUCUGGGGUCAGGUUCCCCGGUGGAUGGAUCGGGAGACGCGCACCUUUGCCGAGCGGUACUACCGGGACCUCCGGGGCCGAGUCCCUAGCGGAGGUGGCCCCAUACCUAGCAGUGUGACCUUCAUUCAGACACCGGACGCUUUCUCCUAUGCUGAUUUCGUGAAGGGCUUCCUGCUGCCUAAUCUGCCCUGCGUGUUUUCCAGCGCCUUCACCGAGGGCUGGGGCAGCAGGCGACGCUGGGUGACAUCGGAGGGAAAGCCUGAUUUCGAGUACCUGCAGCAGAAGUAUGGAGACGCUGUUGUACCGGUUGCCAACUGUGGAGUGCGGGAAUACAAUUCAAACCCCAAGGAGCACAUGCCCUUCCGUGACUAUAUCAGUUACUGGAAGGAGUACAUCCAAGGGGGCUACUCCUCCCUGCGGGGCUGCCUCUACCUCAAGGACUGGCAUCUGUGCAGAGACUCCUUGGUGGAUGACCUGGAAGAUGUAUUCACCCUGCCUGUGUACUUCUCGUCAGACUGGCUGAAUGAGUUCUGGGACGUCCUCAAUGUGGAUGACUACCGUUUUGUCUACGCGGGCCCCAGGGGCAGCUGGUCUCCCUUCCAUGCAGACAUCUUCCGCUCAUUCAGCUGGUCAGUCAACAUCUGUGGGAAGAAGAAAUGGUUGUUCUUCCCGCCAGGGCAGGAGGAAGCCCUUCGGGACUGCCAUGGUAGCCUGCCCUAUGAUGUGACUUCCCCCGAGCUCCUGGACACCCGCCUGUAUCCCAGGAUCCAGCACAAUAGCCUUCCCAUUGAAGUCAUACAGGAGCCUGGUGAGAUGGUGUUUGUGCCCAGCGGGUGGCACCAUCAAGUGUAUAACCUGGAUGAUACCAUCUCUGUCAACCACAACUGGGUCAAUGGCUGCAACCUGGCAAACAUGUGGCACUUCCUGCAGCAAGAGCUCCAGGCCGUGCAGCAUGAGGUUGGAGAAUGGAAGGACUCCAUGCCUGACUGGCACCACCACUGCCAGGUCAUCAUGAAGUCCUGUACGGGGAUCAAUUUUGAAGAAUUUUACCAUUUCCUCAAAGUCAUCUCUGAGAAGAGGCUCCUUGUCCUGAGGCAAGGACUGAAGGGGGAUUCGGGGGACAGCCAGAGCCUAGGCCUGGGCCUUCAGCAGGCUGCAUUUGAUAUUGGCCGCCUUGCAGAUGUGCUGGCCUCUGUGGUUGUGAAUCCUGACUUUCAGAGAGUGGACACCAGCACAUUCUCACCACAGCCAGAGGAGUUGCUUCAGCAGCUGGAGGACACAGUAGCCGCUGUAGAGGCCCUUUAGUAUGCUACAGAUCAAGAUGCAGGAAGAAUUCUGGCGAGCAGCCUCUUGCCCCAGGGCCCUUCUGGAAAUGCAGGCUACCUUCCCUAGAGGCAUAGGAUGUGCCCCAAACCUGUGUCAGUGCAGUUCUUGCAGAGGGUGGACCUUGAGGAAGAUCCAGCCAAAAUGGUAAUUUAACUCUUAGAGGCUAGAGAGAUGUUCACCCAUCUGGCCUCUAGCAAGCUUGCCAAGAAUGUGAAUUGAGUAGUGGUCAUGAACCCAGGUUUCUUUGGAGCUGCCCAGCCUCUUCUAGUUAUCCUAGGACACCUGAGUGAUGGGCAUCCAUCCGAUCUGCCUACCUUGGAGGCGUCCCUGUGUAACCUGGGACAUAGAUAUAUAUGUAUGUGUGCAGUUGCCCUCCAAGCCUCUGCAUCCUCUAGUUCUGUCCUAGGGGCUCCAGACUCCAACUGAACUAGGACGAAUUAACCAGGGUGUGAUAAGCUGUAGGGGGGAGUUCUUAAGUGGGGUGCUGUUUGCCAGUGGUCUGAGGCACAGUGCCAAGUGGCUGAAAACCCAGGUACUGGUCUGUCUGAGUGCCCAGAAUGGAGAUGAUGGUUCAAAACAAUGGAGCAGUAGCAUUCCUGCCCACAGCAGUCCUUCAAGGCCUGGCCACCUAUGCUAACUCAUCUGCAGAAGGAUGGGGAGCCCUGCAGAGGAAACAGUCCCACCCAGCCUCAGGCUGACCCUGGAUAAGCCAGUGCCUCCUUUGUUGGCUGUGCUCACUGCCUAUGCAUGUUCUCUGAGUCUGAGAUGGAGACAAACUAUUGUUUCAUGACCUGCAUGAAUCCACAUGACCCUUCUGGUGUCUGCAUACCACCAUGUUCUCUGUGCUGUUUCUAGGACUAGGCGUUGUGGCUGAGGGUGGUGGUGUGCAGCCCCUGUGAGAGCCAGCUGCUUACUCUGGACCAUAAUUUAGACCACUGGGAAGAAGGAAAUUACAAGUAGAAUUGGCCACAAUCUUUGUAGGAUUCGUAUACAGGACCAAGUGCCAGUGACACACCCUAUCAUCCUGAAGAAACCCCUCUGGGUAAGGCCUGGGAACAUUUUCAGAGGAGCCGAGUGAAGCUGAGAGAGCUGCAUCUUACAAGGCACAGCUCAUGUGCUGCAGAGUGGCUAAUCCACCGUGAGCCGCAGGUCCUCUGCAGACUAGCUAAGGGUGCAGCUAAGCAUAUGGGUGGGGCAGGGACCUGUCUGCUCUGCCUGCCACAAGGAGCAGCUUUCCUCUUGGUUGGGACCACUGGGGAGCUGCAGGAGAUCGGUGGCCGGGAGGAUGGUGCUUGGUGUUACGAUGUAGAAUCAGUGGAAAGACAAUUAAUCUACCACCCUUACUCUAGAGUAUUAGAACUUAGAAAAAUUAACAUCCGAGGCCUUGUGUGAUCGAUACUGGCUACUAUGUAUUCCCAUGACUAUCAUAACUAGAAUGAUAACAGAAUCCCAAGUCAGAUUAACAAGCCAGGAGGGGCCCAUGAUAAGUGGCUCAGCAGGAAAAGGUACUUACUGUGCAAAUCUGUUUGAAAAUUUAAAAAUUUUAAAGUUUAAGGAUUUCUUCCCAGUCCAGGCUUCUCUGGUGCCACUCUUGUUGCUGAUUCUUGUAGCCAAAAAUUAGUGUUUUGUGAGAUCUUAAAUCAUUAUUGUGUUGUCCCAGCUGCCAUGGAACAGCCUUAGUUUACUGACAUGUGUUCCUAUUGUGACACCACUCUUUGAAAGAAGCAUUAACAAAAGGAAAGCAUCUGUGUUCAGGGAAUCCUCUCCCCCCAUUCUUCCUAGUGGGAGGACGAUGCACACAUGACACUCUGCCUAGCUAAGCCUGCAAUUAAAUAACAGAUGGUUGGAAAACUCAAGUUUAGAUACAGAUUAUGGGAGGGUCAAAUAAAAAAAUCAAGAGCAACAUUAGAAAAUACACCAGAGAAUACCAAAAAUGAAGAGACAAUAUACAAACUAUUUGUCAGCCAAAGCCUUACCUAGAGGGAAAAUGAUAAGCUGGCAGGACUAAAGAACAAGCAUCUUGGAUCAGUAACCCAAGAAAUAGAACCUACAGUAAACCGGAAAUAACCAGCACAAGUCUUUGAAGUAGUAGAAUAGAGAAUAGCAAUAAAACCAAAAGUUGGUUUAUAAAAGAUCAAUAACCUGGGCUGGAGAAAUGGCUCAGCACUUAAGAGCACUGACUGCUUUUCCAGAGUUCAAUUCCCAGCAACCACAUGGUAGCUCACAACUAUCUGUAAUGGGAUCAGAUGACCUCUUCUGGUGUCUCUGAAGACAGCUACAGUGUACUCAUAAGUCUUUAAAAAAAAAAAAAAUCAAUGGCCUGUGCAUACACACACACCUGUAAUCCCAGCACUUGGGAGGUACAGAGGACCAGUGCAACCUAAACUCUGUAAAGCCCAUAAGAAAAUCAUGUACAUUUAUUAUAUACAUGGUUUUAGAGAACAGAUACAGUCCAGCCAGGGAAACACCAAGAAACCCUGUUGUGAAAAAGAACAAAUGUAUACAUACACACACAAAUAAUUAUCCACAUCCUCAGGGGACUGAAACCACACAAAUAGUGUCACUGUUGGGUGUCUUCCACCUUAUUUUUUCAGACAGGGUCUCUCAUUGAGCUGGUCUACACAGUGAAUUCCAGGACGGCCAGAGCCAUGCAGGGAGACCUGAUCUCAAAGAACAAGCAAGCAAACAAACCCAGCAGCUUCUUGCCUGUGGAAAAUUGUUAAUUGGCAGAUUAAUAUAGGAAUGAUGUGAUGUAGGAAAGUGGAUGGGACAAAGACCAAACUAAGUCCUGCAAUAGAAGGGUCUCAGCAAGUCUCCUCCUACUGAGGAGACAGGCCAGGAAGCUUUUACUUCUCGUUUCUCAAUAUUGGAAGUCACAAGGCCUGGCAGGGGAGCGAUGAGUCAUCUUCUCUCAGAUCCACACAGGACAAAGUAUUGUAUGAAACCAGGUUCUGUCUUGUCAGCUGGUGCGUGCAAGCUUAGAUAAUGACCUGUGUGUGGCUGGAAUUAUGCAAGGGAACUCUUGCAUAAUUGGAAUUAUGCAGCAGGCCCAGCAAAGGGGGAGAGUAGGGAGCUGCAUUCCAGUCAUACCUGGUGACUGACUCACCCAGAGACCACACCUAGCUAGCUGUUCCUCACACAGGCACCAACUGCCAGUGCUAGUGUGGGAAAUUCCUAAGUGGUGGCAGCCUUUCUACCGAAUGCCUCUGAGGAACUGCAACAGGAGACAACCAAGGUAGCCUGACAGGCAGCAGACACUGAGUUACCCUCCAUACCCUGCCGCACCAGUCCCUGUCCCAGCACCUAUUACCCAUCCACACACAGGUGCCUCCCAAGCGUCCAACCAUAGCUCCCAAGGAGAAGUCUGUACUCUCUGGGGCACCACCAGAAUGCCCAUCACAUAGGCACAAGUUUGCAAAUCUGCAUGUUAGAUUUAUAUAUCCCCAUACUAUUUUAAGGUGGCUUCUUGAUUAGCUGAAGAGAAAAAGCCAUUGAGACAUGGAGAAAUAAAUAUGCAGGGGUCUAUGAUCCCCAGUCAUCAGGUUUGAUGCUGAAGAUGUGGCAGUAGAGCAGAACAUGCAAAGUAUAUGCUAUAUAAAUUAUAUAGAUUAUAUAAAAAAAAAACAGUGAUAGAAACAAAUGGGCAAUGGAGGGCAGUAUCAGGGGAAGCCCACCCCAACUGAAACUGAAUCAAACCUAUAAGAAGAGCACACUGUACAAAUAGCAUACAGACCCCAAUAUGCUGGUUAGUGGGAACAUUGAGCCUCUGACUUUUCUACCCAUCUAUGGCCCACCUCCCUUUAAUAUUAUUCUAUAUUAAACUGUCUCUGUAACCCUA